CAUACUCUAACAAUAGAACAAGGAGAAAGCUAUAAUCUAGCCAUGUAUCUGAGAUCACCAGAACAUUUGAACUUCACAGCUUCACUAACAUGCUCAAAUGGAUCGCAAAUUGUAGCGUCAGCCUCUAUACAGCUUACUGGUUUAUCAAACUGGACAAAGAUAGAGCUGCAACUGUUAGCUCAAGGAACAUGCAGAAGCUCACGGCUUGAACUAACAACUUUGAACAGGGGAAUAAUAUGGCUGGAUCAAGUUUCCCUUAUGCCUUCAGACACACACAAGGGCCAUGGCUUUCGCAAGGAACUCAUAUCCAUGCUUUUAGAUCUUAGACCACGCUUCCUACGAUUUCCAGGAGGUUGCUUUGUUGAAGGCGAAUGGUUGAUAAAUGCAUUUAGGUGGAAGGAAAUUAUUGGUCCAUGGGAGCAAAGACCUGGGCAUUUUGGAGAUGUUUGGCAUUACUGGACCGAUGAUGGCCUUGGAUAUUAUGAAUUUCUUCAGCUUGCUGAAGACUUGGAUGCUACCCCAAUCUGGGUGGUGAACAUUGGAAUCAGCCAUCACGAUAAAAUUAACAUCUCUGACAUCGCACCCCUGGUAGAGGAUAUAUUGGAUUCUCUAGAGUUUGCUAAGGGGAGUGCGGAAUCAAAAUGGGGCAGCGUUAGAGCCUCCAUGGGGCAUCCUGAGCCUUUCCUAGUUAAAUAUGUGGCCUUAGGGAAUGAGGACUGCGUUUUCAGUUUUUACAGAGAACAUUAUCUCGAAUUUUACACUGCCAUCAAAGAGGCUUAUCCUGAUAUUCAAAUUAUAUCAAACUGUGUUGGCUCACGUGUGCGACUUGAUCAUCCUGCUGACUUGUAUGAUUUUCAUAUCUAUAAAAACAGCACUUGGGUUUUUCUUAACAAGACCAUGUUUGACAAUGUGCCUCGUACUGGGCCUAAGGUGUUUGUUAGUGAGUAUGCUGUUGUAGAAGAAAAGCCUGGCGAUGGUGGUAACGGAAACCUUGUCGCUUCACUGGCAGAGGCUGCUUUCCUCACCGGCUUAGAGAAAAAUAGUGAUAUCGUUCAGAUGGCGAGCUAUGCGCCACUCUUCGUCAAUGACAACGAUCGCACCUGGAUGCCAGAUGCGAUAGUCUUUAACUCCUGGCAACAGUAUGGCACUCCUAGCUACUGGAUGCAGACAUUUUUCCGUGAAUCAAGUGGUGCUCUGAUCCAUCCCAUCACAAUCAACUCCAGCUAUUCCCAACAAUUGGCAGCUUCUGCAGUCACCUGGCAAGACAGUAAGAUUAGCUUCCUGAGAGUGAAGAUAGUGAACUUUGGGCCAGUUGCUGUGAAUCUCACAAUAUCUGCGUCUGGACUUGAAGCUAGUGUCAACAGCGCAAGAUCCACGGUCACUGUUCUCACGUCCAGCAAUCCGCUUGAUGGGAACUCAUUCAGUCGACCAAAGAAGGUGGCGCCGGUCAUGAGCGAGCUGCCCAAUGCUGCGGAGGAGAUGCAGGCGCUGCUGGUUCCUUACUCCUUAACCUCAUUCGAUCUAGCUCUAGAUGUCUAGAUCACUAGCGUCUAGCGGUACCCUGAUUGUCGCUAUUUUCUUGGAACUAAGUUGGCAACCAUCAUAAGUAGUUGCUAGGCUUGAACUUUCAGAGUGUUGUGUGUGGGCCAACUGGAUGAUUAGGACUCUCGUUCCAGACAGUACAUUGUGUCAAGUGUGGAGAAAUGUUGUCAAUCACCUAUGGCUAUGGGAUGACAAGAAAAAAUAUAUUGCAAAGGUGUA